GGGUAACUUAAAUGUUUCAUUUAGCUACGAAAUUUCCUUCACUCGUAUCUACCAGUAUCAAUCACAGAUUAUCAGCUGUAUUCUCCUCAAAAGUUGACUCAUUGUAUAGUGUUUUCGGGCUCUCAAGCAAUGCGACUCACCAAGAUAUCAAAGAAGCCUUCUAUCGACUGUCAAAAAUAUACCAUCCUGAUGUGACUGAUGAUCCUAACUCUAGAGAAAAGUUUCAUGAGUUGACAAAAGCUUAUGAAAUCCUUGGAAAUCCUGUUAAACGGAGUGAAUAUGACCGGGAUUUUCUUGAAUUUCAAAGUAUUUCUGCAGCAUCAUGGAAGAGAUUGUAUAAUCAAAUGUUUAUCAAGAAGAAAUCAUCGUUCAGAAUCUACUAUGCAAUUCUGAAAGCAUUCGGAUUAACACUUUGUAUAAUUUUCAUAUUACAUAUAUAUUUCAUGCGUACAACUGUCAAAUAUGUUACCCUACGAAAUCACACUGAAGAAGCAAUUAUUGUACGCAAUAUGGCACAUAUUAACUGCAAACACACAUGUCGUAUUAUUUGUAAGAAUAUUGACAGUAUUCCAUCGAGUAAGGUGAGUGCAUUGAAACCAAUUGGGAAAAUGCCAUUCAAUGGUGAAUUCAAUGAAGAGGUGAACCCAAUCAACGACACAUUUUAUUCACAUGAUCUUGGUGGCGGUUGGAUGUUUAAGGAGGAGACGACGAAUUGCAACAAUGUUCUACAAUCCGGUGUAGCAAUCAUCAUUGUUUGUAGAGAUAGAUGGAAACAACUGAAUAAUACAUUGUCCGCUCUGAUUCCAGUUCUCCAGAGACAACAUUUGUGUUAUCGAAUAUUUGUUAUUGAACAACAGGGUACUGGUAUUUUGAACAAAGCUCAGUUGAUGAACAUUGGUUUUAUUGAAGCACGUAAACGUUUCGAUUUCGACUGUGUUAUAUUUCAUGAUGCCGACUUAAUACCAUUGGAUGAUAGAAUACCACAUGGUUGUGAUGAAGAGAUGAUGGAGAGUGUGGUUCAUUUGAGUGUUGGAGUGAGUUCAUGGAAUUAUGUUUUACCUUACCAAUCAUUGAUCGGUGGUGUUUUGAAAAUAUCGACUUCACACUUUAUACAGGUUAAUGGUUAUUCGAAUAGUUAUUGGGGUUGGGGUGGAGAGGACGAUGAUUUGGAGAGGCGACUGAAAGCAUCAAAAAUUAUGUAUAAACACAUUGAAAAGUCAAUAGGCAGAUAUCUGGCUCAACCUCACACUAAACAGGUUCGAGCGAAUAGACGUUUAGUACUUGAUUCAUUAAAAAAUGCUGCCAGUCGUAUGUUCACUGAUGGAUUGAAUUCUGUAAAAUAUAAAGUUUCAGCCUAUUUUGAGAAGCAACACUACACACAUUUUUUAAUUACAUUAAAAUAA